AUGUUGUUACCUGCUAUUGGCCAUUUUGUUAACGGUAGUCAAAUUCGAACAAACACUGGAACGCCAACGAAUAUCUCGUUUUUUACAACAAUUAUUGGGUAUCCAAGCGUAAAUAAAUCAAGUGCAACAGAAGCAAUUCUGAAUGCAUGCCUUGCUAUUGAAAAACAUAUUGGUAUAAAAUCAGAAGAAAGUCGAGUCAAUUGUAGUGCUACUGUCGAAUCACUCUUAACUGAACUUAAAAAUAUAUCGCCUAGGCUCAUUCAAACUUGGGACGAAGCAGUUAUUCUUUUGCAAUCAUUCGGUCUCUAUAAACAAGGUGGUGCUGCCUAUGAUCACUCUAUAAUGUGCACGUUGUAUAACUCGUCUGCUCUUGUUAGACGUCAAACUAAAUCAGGAAAUAUUGCAGUAGAAAAGCCUGUACUCAAUAUUGCUGCAGCAGCACAUCCAGCUGAUAUAUUUUCAUCUGUAUCUAGUCAGUCGGAUGAUGAUAGUCUCAUGGCUCGGUUCUUGUUUUCUGCUUCUGAACCCUGUAUUCUUUUAUCAAAUGAAAUCAGGUCGCUCAACAUUGACGAACCAAGUCUUACUCAUUUACUAUACAUUAUAUAUUGUUUUAACUCGACAGAACAAAACGAUGUACGACGAACAACAGAUGAUGAUUCUCCGCGUAUAUUAUAUUCGUACUCUGAAAAUGCGCAAAAGGUACACUGUUUUUAAUUGAUAGCUACUGUUUUCGUUGAAGCAUGCAAUUAGAUUUCAAAUAUUAUAGAAAGAGAAAUGAAAAUAGUGUUAGCUAUUGAAUGAACAUGCCUGUAGAAUUUAAAUAACAUUGAGAAAUGAAAAUAAUAUUAGUUGUUGAAUGAGCAUGUUUGUAGAAUUUAAAUAACAUGCAGAAAUGAAAAUAAUAUUAGUUAUGAAUGAGCAUGUCUCGAAAGUGAAUGAUAAUCAUAUAUAACAUCAUUUAAGAAAAAUUUUUUUUUCAAAGAUACGAAUUUCUCGUUUUUUUUUUCUACAGAUCAUUAACAAUGUUUUUGAUGAGUAUACCCUUCAAAUUCGAGAAGCGUAUGGAGUUGACCAAGGCUUAGGAUCAAUUUUAGGCAAAGCAAAAGUGCAAGUAAGCAAAUUGUCUGGAGCUUUACAUGCCACCUCUUUGGCUUCUGCUGUUUUUGAUCAAUUGAUAAGUGAUAAUUCGUUACCUGGUUAUUAUGACAAGACAAACUCAGUUUUUGAUCUACUCAAGCGAGUAGUAAGCGAUUUCAAAGAGACACACAAGUGGACAGCAAUCUCUGAAGCUACAGCAAAAGCAGCUGUAUUAUUAAUGGAUUACUUCGUAAUUCAAAAAAAAAUAUAUACAAAUCGUAAGUUGUCUCGGAUAUGAGCUAUAUUUUACAUCUAAUGAAAGGUGUCAAGACUCCACUAAUAACCUGUAGAUUGUAACGAACUUAAUCAUUUUACACUUCUCACAGUUUUGAUGAAUAAAUAUGGUCGAAUUAUUAAACAGAUAUCUAUAGUUGUAUUGCUCGUCUUUUUUUUCAAUUUCUUCCUUCCUUUCCCCUUUUGUUCUUCCUCUUGCUUCUCACCUUCAUUCUCUUUUUCUCAUCUCUCGUCUCUUAUCUCCUUUCUUUCUUUCUUUCUCUCCCUCAUGUAUCAUUGUUUCUUCUCAUUUAGAACAUCUUGUCUUUCUCUCACUCUACCUUCUAAUGAACUGAUUCACAUACACUUAUCAAAUGCUGAACCUCUCUAACAGAACUGCAAAUAAUGCAUGCCAAUAAUGACAUUACCUUGUACUCAGAAAUAGAAUAGAAUAAAACAAUUAUUUGCACACAAACUCUCCUAAAUAUGAAUUGAAAUUGCUAA